CCCCGGCCCCGAGUCGAGCCCGAUUUCGUUCCUCAGGGCUGGGAAGGCGGGUACCCCGAGAUCGUCAAGGAGAACAAGCUCUUCGAGCACUACUAUCAGGAGCUCAAGAUCGUGCCCGAGGGCGAGUGGGACCAGUUCAUGAAAGCGCUCAGGGAGCCCCUCCCCGCCACCUUGCGAAUCACUGGCUACAAGAGCCACGCAAAAGAGAUUCUCCAUUGCUUGAAGAACAAGUAUUUCAAGGAGCUGGAGAACCUGGAGGUGGACGGCCAGAAAGUGGAAGUCCCCCAGCCCCUGAGCUGGUAUCCAGAAGAGCUCGCCUGGCACACAAAUUUAAGUAGAAAAAUCUUGAGAAAGUCCCCACAACUGGAAAAGUUUCACCAGUUCCUGGUCAGCGAAACCGAAUCCGGCAAUAUCAGCCGUCAAGAAGCUGUCAGCAUGAUCCCACCGCUGUUACUUAACGCUCAGCCUCACCAUAAGAUCUUGGAUAUGUGCGCAGCGCCUGGAUCGAAGACCACGCAGCUCAUCGAGAUGUUGCACGCCGACAUGAGCGUCCCCUUCCCAGAGGGCUUCGUCAUCGCCAACGACGUGGACAACAAGCGCUGCUACCUGCUGGUUCACCAGGCCAAGCGGCUGAGCAGCCCCUGCGUCAUGGUGGUCAACCACGACGCGGCCAGCAUCCCGCGGCUCACGGUGGACGUGGACGGCCGGAAGGAGGUUCUCUUCUACGACCGCAUUCUCUGCGACGUCCCUUGCAGUGGGGACGGCACCAUGAGAAAGAACAUCGAUGUUUGGAAGAAGUGGACGACCCUGAACAGUUUGCAGCUGCACGGCUUGCAGCUGCGGAUCGCGACGCGGGGCGCGGAGCAGCUGGUGGAAGGCGGGCGCAUGGUGUACUCGACGUGCUCGCUGAACCCCGUGGAGGACGAGGCCGUCGUCGCGUCUCUGCUGGAGAAGAGCGAAGGUGCCUUGGAGCUCGCGGACGUGUCUUCCGAGCUGCCGGGGCUGAAGUGGAUGCCUGGCAUCUCGCACUGGAAGGUGAUGACCAAGGACGGACAGUGGUUUUCCGAGUGGGAGGCCGUUCCCCACGGCAGACACACCCAGAUCCGGCCGACCAUGUUCCCACCACAGGACGAGGAGAAGCUGCAGGCGAUGCACCUGGAGCGGUGUCUUAGAAUAUUGCCCCACCACCAGAACACCGGAGGGUUCUUUGUGGCCGUGUUAGUGAAGAAGUCCUCCAUGCCGUGGAAGAAGCGCCCAGCAAAGCUGCAGGGCGGGCCGGCGGAGCCCAGAGAGCCUGUGCGGCCCAGCCCCACGGACCCUGCGGACCCUGCGGACCCUGCUGCGCUGGACAGUAAACUGGUCAGUGGAACGGACGACGCAGCACUGGUGGAAAGAGCCGAGAGCGUAGAGAACAACGGAAGUAAGAAAGACGGAGUGUGUGGCCCUCCUCCGUCUAAGAAAAUGAAACUGUUUGGGUUUAAAGAAGAUCCGUUUGUGUUUAUUCCUGAAGAUGACCCGUUAUUUCCACCGAUCGAGAAAUUUUACGCGCUGGAUCCCUCGUUCCCAAGGAUGAAUUUGUUGACUCGAACUACGGAAGGGAAGAAAAGGCAGCUGUACAUGGUCUCCAAGGAGCUCAGGAACGUGCUGCUCAACAACAGCGAGAGGGUGAAGGUUAUAAACACUGGGAUAAAAGUCUGGUGUCGGAAUAACAGUGGCGAAGAGUUUGAUUGUGCGUUUCGGUUGGCGCAGGAGGGAAUAUACACGUUGUAUCCGUUUAUUAAUUCAAGGAUUAUCACAGUCUCCAUGGAAGAUGUGAAAAUUCUAUUAACCCAGGAAAACCCGUUUUUUAGGAAACUUAGUAGUGAGACCUACAGCCAAGCCAAGGACUUGGCCAAGGGGAGCGUCGUCCUGAAGUACGAGCCGGACCCCAUGAAACCAGACACCCUCCAGUGCCCCAUCGUGUUGUGCGGAUGGCGGGGAAAGGCCUCCAUUCGGACUUUCGUGCCCAAGAACGAGCGGCUUCACUAUCUCAGGAUGAUGGGGCUGGAGGUGCUGGCGGAGAAGAAGGAGGAAGGGGCCGCCGUGGCGCACGAGGGCGCGGGCGGCUCUGGGCCGCGGGGGGACACGGACCUGGGCGCUUGGAGGAGCCUGGGCACCCAGGGCCCCACAGCCAGGGAGCUGGGCCCGCCCCCUGCGCGGUCUCUCUGCUGCCCCCUACAGACCAGCGCGGCGUGGCGCUGGCUGGCCCAGGGCGCAGCCCCUUUGGAUGGGGGUAGUGACUUGGCAUCCUCCCAGACCACCCCCCGAGCCCCCGAGCCCCUGGGAUCCGCUGUGUGCUCGGGCCUGCUGGGGGCUGGACCUGGGACGGUGCUGAGUCUCGGUGGUGUGGUCAGUCCCGCCGGUGGGGCCCUCCCAGCCGAGCGUCCGUGUGCGGUUCCUAUGCUCUCCCUUCGGCCGGACUUCGGCAUCAAAGAUCGCUCUAACCCAGUGGAUGAGAAGCUCACAGCACUGGCGGACCCUGGCCUCCCUCGAAAGUAUCCAGGCACCUGGGAAACAGGGCCGCUGCAGGCACACGAGUCUGAGUCCCGUGGAGGAGUCUGGGGCGCGCCUGUGGCUGCCACCAUCAUGGGCCUGCCCUUGGCCGGGGUGCAUGUGCCCAGGACCAGAGACCUCCCAUCUCGGGGACAAAUGCACCAGUACCAGCAGCCGCAGAAGGAAGUAUUGACCGCACACCAUGGGGACCUGCCCGUGGCCUCCUGCCCCCAGACCCUGUCCUGA